AUGAAGAAGCAGAUCGAGUACCUCCUGGACAAGGGACUCAUUCGACCAUCGACAUCGCCAUACGGUGCACCCGUACUCUUCACGCCAAAACCCGAGGGAAGCUUACGCAUGUGCAUCGACUACCGAGCUCUCAAUAAGCAGCAAAUCCGGAUGGCGGAUAACUCCAUCCACAAGACGGCAUUUCAGACACGAUACGGAUCCUACGAGUACCUCGUCAUGCCGUUCGGUCUCACCAACGCACCCGCUACAUUCCAGGUCGAGAUUAACCAUAUUUUCAGGGCUCUACUCGACGAAUGCGUGGUGGUGUACCUACUCGAAGGACAUGAAGCAGCACAUCGAACACCUACGACGCGUCUUCGCGUCUUCUACGUCAAGUUAUCUAAGAGCGAGUUCGCUUUGAAGAAAGUUCAAUUUCUUGGACACAUGGUGAGCGCUCAAGGUGUACAUGUGGACCCAAAGAAGAUCGAAGCCGUACGUACGUGGAAGGCGCCGGAGAACGUUAAAGAACUUCAACAAUUCCUUGGCUUUGCGAACUAUUACAAUCGAUUCGUGCCACAAAAUGCGAAGAUUGCAACACUUCUCACCAACCUACUAAAGAAGAAUACACCGUUCAGGUGGGAGGAUGUAGAUCAGCAAGCCAUGGAGCAGUUGAAGACCGCACUCACGUCCGCACCUGUCCUGAUCCUGCCAGAUCCAGAAAAAGACUACGUCAUCGAAGCUGACGCUAGCGACCAAGCAGUUGGAGCAAUUUCAACUCCCCGAUUCACGACAAAGAGGCCUUAG